AUGAGUUCAGAAAGAAAAGAUGGCAGUGUAACUGUUCCUGCAAGUAACUCAAAUGAUAGUGGGGAUGAGUAUUUAUCACAAGAUGAUGAAGUUUUUGAUGGUAACGAUAUUGAGAAUAAUGAAACUAAAAUUUACGAAGAAAGUUUAGAUUUAGAUUUGGGGAGUAGUGCCAAGCAAGUUUGGCUAGUUAGAUUGCCAAUGUUUUUAGCAAAAAAAUGGAGAGACAGAGAUAAUUUAAAAGGUCAGGAAUUAGGAAAAAUUAGAAUUAAUAAAAAGGAUCAAACUAUUCGAAUGGUAUUGGAUGACACUGGUGAUGAAAAUUUACCAAGAAAUUAUGAUAUAGAAUUGACUAAAAAAGUUGUUGAAAACGAAUUUGUGUUUACAGAACAAAACUUGAAAAAAUAUGAGAAAAAGGCCAAAGAACUAGAAAAUAAUCCAGAAAUGCAAAAACAAUUGUUUAUCAAAAGACAAGAACGUCAAGAGGAAAUUGAAAAGAAAAAGAAAAGACAGCAACAACAAUAUAAAAGAAAUAAAAAAAAGUUUUUCAGAAGAGUCGUUGUUGACAGAGAAGGUAGAGAUCGUUAUAUCCCAUAUGUCAAAACUAUUCCUAAAAAGACAGCAUUGGUUGGUACCAUUUGUCAUGAGUGUCAAGUUAUUCCCUCUAUUGAUGAUCCAAAUUACCACAACAUUGUGGAGCAAAGAAGACAAUUGGUUAGAAAUGUUAUGAAACCAACAAUUACAGUCUUGGAAGAAACAGUAGGUGUAACCAUGAGUAAUGCUGGUAUGAGUAUGAGAACGGAUAAUUCUAAUUUCUUAAAAGUGGGUAGAGAAAAACAGCAGAAAAACUCCUCAAGGGCGAUACGUAUGCCAAAAAAGGAACUAUUGGAUUUGCUAUUCAAAUUAUUUGAUGAAUAUGAUUACUGGUCCUUGAAAGGGUUAAAGGAAAGAACCAAACAACCAGAAGUCUAUUUAAAGGAAUGUUUAGACCAGGUUGCUAUGUUGGUUAAAAAGGGACCUUAUGCUUUAAAAUACACGUUGAAAACAGAAUAUAAGAAACUAAAACAAGCAGAAAGAGAUUUGACGUUAGGGGAAUUGGCGAAAAGUGGGGAAGGUGGCAGUGACAACGAAAAUCUGGCCAAGGACGGAAAUUCUGCUGUAACACAGGAUGAUGGUGUUAACAACCAGAAUAAAGAAAAGGUGGUGCCAGGCGACACUUCUGCUGCUGAUUCUGUUACUAUUAAGAAGGAAGAUGAAAACAGCAAAGUUAAUGGCAGUGCAAAUGUAGGGUAUAGUAAAAGUACAAGUAAUAACGGCAAUGAGGAUGAUGAUGAUGAUGAAGAUGAUGAAGAUAUAGAGCUAGAAGAUGUCGUAUAG